UUUCCAUGGGAACCGCAAGGCCGCGUUCCGCUGGGAGCCCGGACGCCUGCGGGCGCCGUGAGCGUGGGGGCCUGGGCUUUGUCUGAGGCGGGGCUCGCCUCGGGUGCGGGCUGUGGGUGUUUGGUCCGGGAACUCGCUCCGCCGGGCCAAAGCCUGUGGAGAAGUGCGGGGCAGGAGGAGGGGAGCCGGUUCCUUGGGCUGGGCUUUGGUGCGGAGGGGAGCACAGCGGCGCCUGCAGUUCAGUUUUUGAAAGCCGUAGAGUGGGCCUUAUGCGGGGACCCGAAAACCCAACCGGAGGGGAUCUGGCCCAUGCCGUCCCAAACACCCAUGGGGUCCCUCCAGGCCUAGGACCCAGGGGCUGCCUCUUGCAUCCGAAGGCAUCAUAAGGUUGGGUCUUGGCCGGUGGACUCCCAAGCCCCAGGGAGCUGGGCUUUUCUCUCCAGACAGGUGAUUGUGGUAUGGGCAGGGGAUGCAGCGGUUUAACAGCUGUGGCGUUCCCCAGAGCUCCCCUGAUCCCCUUAGCUUAGAGGAGAAGACAUCCUUGGGGAGUAUUGUGAAACAGAAGACUUUGGGGCUGGGUUUAGGCCAGUCUUCUAGUCCUGUCCUUCCCUUGGUUGAUGCCCUGGGCAGAGUAUACACCUCCGGCCUGGACUGAGCGCUCAUCUCAACUCUCGGCACCAUCGUCAUGCUGAGCUGCCUCUUCCUCCUGAAGGUUCUUCUUGCUCUUGGGUCCCUGACAUCCUGGGUGGCUGCAGGAGAGCAUGUGAAAGCAGGAGAAUGCCCUCCUGAUAAGAACCCUUGCGAAGAGCUGUGCUGGGGGGACGAGUCGUGUCCGGCCGGGCAGAAGUGCUGUAGCACUGGUUGUGGUCGGGUCUGCCGAGGAGGACUUCCACAGGGGAGGAACGGAGGUUGUCCCAGGGCUGUUUGGAAACAAUCCUGUUUCCAAAGGUGCCUCAAUGAUGAGACUUGUCCAGGUGCAAAGAAAUGCUGCACGUUCGGCUGCACCAAGCGCUGUGUGGUCCCUGUCUCUAAACCAAAGCUCGAAUCUGGUGGCGAGUGUCCUGCUGACCCCCUUCCGUGCGAGGAGCUGUGUGAUAGGGACGAGUCCUGUCCCCAGGGCCAUAAAUGCUGCAGCACCGGCUGUGGCCACUCGUGCCGUGGAGACAUUAAGGGAGGCCGGGGUGGUGACUGUCCACGCAUUUUGGUGGGCCUGUGCAUUGUCAACUGCAUGAUGGAUGAGAACUGCCAGGCUGGGGAAAAGUGUUGCAAGUCAGGCUGUGGCCGCUUCUGUGUCCCGCCCGUUCUGCCACCUGAACUGGCCACAAACCCCAGGUGGACCCUCACCUCUGAUUCUGCCUUAGAGAUCCCGGUGCCUUAGCUGUUGUGAUUUGUCCUGAGCUCCUUUGGUGACUACAGGGGGCUUGUCCUGGCUGCCAGGAGAGGGUGAUGUCCUGGGGCUGUGACCCUCCCCGGGGGCUCUCGUUGCCCUCUCUGCUCUGCUUCUGUUCAUGCCACUGCCCUGAGCACGGGGAAACAGAGUCGUGGGUUUGGGCAAUGGUGCGCAGCGCUGCUUUUCCCCAAUAAAGACUGUGCUGACCUUCUUGUCUGUGCUGUUUGAGGGCUGGACGAGGAGAGAGAGCUAGGGGGUCUGAGCAUGUCUGCAGGAUUACGAGACUUAAGGCAUUCCAUCCUUUCUGAGAACACUGAAAGUAGGUGCAGCUUGGGUGGCGAGGGCAGAGGUGGGGGGGGAGCUCUGUCUAGGCUGACUUGCCACAGAUGUCUCUCUCAGGAGUGGGACCAUCAGGCCUCUUCUUGGGCCUGCUGACCUUGUAUCAGAGAAUGUGAGUUGAGGGUGGACCUGGGGUGGGAGACUAGUUUACUAUAGUCCCUUGGAUGUUCUCAUCUUUGACCUCCUUCCUUGGGGCUCCAAGACAGGCAGUUUGUUCCCUCCAGGUAGCUUUGCUGUGUG